AUGACAUCAAGAUACAGUUUUAAUCGUUUCUGUGAUCAUAAUGACAUCAAGAGGGAUUCUGACACCAAGUAUGACACCAGAAGAAAUCAUGGUACUUGUAAAUCAGUAGGAAUAGAUACAAGUUCCAUGACGUGUUAUUUAUAUAAUGAUAGAGUCUAUGCUGGAUUGAAUGGAACCAACAACUCAAAUAUUAUAUAUUAUUGGCUUCUAGAAUCUGAAUGUCCUAUACAGCUUGGAUACAGAGAAGACUCGCAUAGUAAAAUAUGUAGCCUGUAUAACGACACCAACCUAACUUGGCUGGAAGCUCAAAUCCAAUGCCAACAGGAAGGAGGGUUUUUAUUUAUGGUGGACACACGUGCAAGUCAAAUGGUACUGCAUGAUUAUUUCGUUAGUGGAGCUGAAUGUCCUAUACAGCUUGGAUACAAAGAAGACUCGCAUAGUAAAAUAUGUAGCCUGUAUAACGACACCAUCCUAACUUGGCUGGAAGCUCAAAUCCAAUGCCAACAGGAAGGAGGGUUUUUAUUUAUGGCGGACACACGUGCAAGUCAAAUGGUACUGCAACAUUAUUCCGUUAGUGGAGAUUUAGGAGCAUUCACUAGUCUGGGUGCUACAGAUAUGUAUGAUGAAGAUGUGUGGGAAUGGUUUAAUGGUGUACCGAUUGACAGAUCACAUUUCGCACCCGAUGACCCCAAUAACUACGGCAAUACUGAACACUGCUUGUUCUACUCUACCGCUCUGAUCGAUUACCAAUGUGAUAUCUUCAAAUGUGGAUUUAUCUGUCAAAUUCCAACUAUUCAAACUUACCUUCCCUCAGCUGGGACUGUUUAG